AUGUCGACCGGACGCAAGGUCUUCCACUGUGCCGUGGACGAGACGGCGUUAACCACCAAUAUCAGCGAAAUCAAAAAAUGGACCACCAACGGGGCCAUUACUCUCAUCGUUCCCCUUUACACCCUCGAACGCCUCCAUGCCUUGAAGAGAGCCGGAUCUCAGGUCGCCAUCAACGCUCGGGAGGCCGUCCGUUUCCUCGACCGUGUCACGUCCGGCAAAGACAAUAUUUCCGCCGAACGGGUUAUUCUGCAGGGCCCGAUGGAGCAGUAUGAGAACUGGGCUGAGGCGGAGAAGUUCUUCCUCCCCGAGUUCGAGGAGGAGCCGGAGGCCACCAACGGAGUUCUCCCGGGCGACCAGGUGGCGCAGCGGAAUCGCGAGGAUAAGGUCAAAGACACGAAGAAGAACGGCGCCGCUCCGGACGACUUGUCGCAAAUGCUUCUCAACAAGCUGAAUUUCAAGAAAGAGUCCGAUGCUGUUUCGAUCACCUCAAAUGGCACCCAUAGUGCUCCCGCAUCCCGCCCGUCAUCCAGGAGCUCCCGGACCAGCCCGGAGUGCUCGAAUUCCCACGUGGUUGCGAACGGAGGAGUCACCAAGGAUGCCAAAAAGAAGCCGGAAAGCGGCCAUCGGCGUUCUGCGUCUGGAUCAACGAUCCCGACAGUGCCAUUGAUGCUUCGACCUUUGCUCAGCGCUCUGCUGUGGCGACUCCACCACGGCCCCGAUGCGUCCAAUGCAGCCAAGACUUGUAUUUUGAUUACGAAUGACCGGCCUACCCAGGUUUGGGCUCAGAAAUUUGGCAUUGGCGUCAAGAACAUUCACCAGCUGCGGACUUCGAUCCAGUACGAAGAGCGCGAAUACAAAAACCGAUGCAAGUAUGUCGAGAAGACCCAGGUCACAGAACCCAAGUCGCUUCUUGCCUAUGAGGAUGAGAGCGAUGAGGAUGAGCUUGUCUUUGUCCCCCGUGGUCGCGGCAAAGGCGCCUCCAGAGGGGGUGGAUCGCGCGGCGGCGCCCCUCGCAAGGCGGCUCCGUUCAAGACUGCCGCCCCGCCCGUGGAGGCGACGAUGGAGAUCCCUACCCAGCCGAUCGAUCCCAACUCCUUCAGCCGGUCGCUGGGGGUGACCAAGCAGCAGCAACAGCACACUGUUGAUCUUAGCACCCAGUCCGGGGCCGCACGUGGCAUUGCGGGCGCGUCUCGGAACUAUUCGAACAAUCGCCGGGGAGCGGCUCGGGGUCCCUCUCGUGGUAGCAGCCGGGGUCGUGGUAAGCUCUGGGUUCCUUGA